AUUUGGAAAUUUGUUGGAAAAAAAAAUUUUCUAAACAAAAAAAUUUUUGUUUCGGAAAUUUUUUUUCCAAAAGAUUUUUCCGAAAUUUUCUACUAUUUUUCAUCUAAAAUGAACGGAUUAAACCACUUAUUAUUCUUCUUACUUAUCGUCACGUUUGCCGGAUUUUCAUUUUCCCGCCCCGACCACCAUUCGAGGAACUGCAAAGCUUACCGACGACCGGCUCUAAACGAAGUGCUCACGAGAAUAUGCCUACUUUGCCAUGAAAUGUUUUCAGUCGACCAGCCGAAUCUAGCCGCCGAGUGCAGCUCGAAUUGCUUCAGGAAUCCGGCGUUUAACAAGUGUCUCAACUUUUUUAGGCCGAAAUUUUCUCCUUUUCUGGGUUCCACGUGAUAAAUAAAUUGGUUUUAAUCGUUAAAUU